AUGACAAUAAGUGAAUUUCUCCCUCCUCUUGCAGAGUUUUCCACAGUGCCAGAGGACAGUAUCGGCGUGCUAAACCAGCCACUGAUGCUGCACUGUGCUGCGUACGACUCAAGCCUGCAGAAGGGCCUACCUGUGUCUUGGGAGAAGGAGCUGUUUGGUGGGGGAACAUCAGUAGCAGCUCACAGCUCUAAGAUGCACCAGAUGCCCAACGGCUCUCUGCUCUUCUUCCAGCUGCGGGAAGAGGACCUGGGGACGUACACCUGCAGCGCCAGGACAGAUGCCAACAACAUCAAGACCACAGUCAGCAUUUACAAAGCCGAUAUAGCUGAUGUGUUCUUCAGCCCACCUUCUCAGACGGCAUGUGACGGUGACAUGGUGUCUCUUCAGUGUGUGUCUGGAGACAGCUGGCCUGCUGCUAGCAUCACCUGGCUCAAGGAUGGAAAGCCAACCAGUAGAGGAAGUCCGAUUCAGGGUCAGUAUGGUGGUGGGGAGCAAAGGAAGACCUCAGGCACACUCACACUGCAACACGUGUCCAAAGAGGACGAGGGGGUGUACGUCUGUGUUACACACAAUUCUCUUUUGAAUAUCAGCAAGACAAGCAAUAUGGCAACUUUGACAGUUUCUGACGCUAACAUUACCUUGAAGAUUGUACAGGGCCCUGAAAACACAACCGUUGUUAUGGGAGGAAAAGCUGUUUUUCAUUGCUCUGUUGGGGGCCUCUCAGAUCCCCAAGUACACUGGUUUAAAGAUGCCCGGCCUGUAGGGAAUGAUUCUCGCCAAAAUCUUAAUCAUAAUGGACAGUUGCUUAUUAUAAGAAAUGUAUCAGGGGUGGAUGAGGGAUUUUAUCAUUGUGAAGCAAAACAUGAAAAGAUCGUGAUCACAUCCAAACCAGCCUAUCUCCUUGCAGCAGUGAUGGAGUGGACCUUUCAGAGAGAGCCAACUAAUGUGACUGUGAGGAGGGGGAGUGCCACAACUCUAGUGUGCAGACCUCCAGUAAGCAGACCUCCUGCCACAGUCAACUGGUUCAAAAACAAUUGGCAACUCACUCCUGCAUCACACUUCAGUAUUGAGGCAAAUGGGGAUCUCCUUUUCCACAGCGUGAAAGAUUCAGACCGAGGGAUGUAUUUCUGCAGGGCAUCAAACAGUUACCUUCCCAGAGAUGUCACAUCCAGGAAGGCUUAUCUAGAAGUACUCGCUCCACCAUCUGUUUCUAUCUGGCCGUCAAAGAUGACAGCUCCGAUUGGGGCAGAGGUGGUGAUACAAUGUCGGGUAUCCGGACACCCUGCCCCAUUCAUUGUAUGGGCCAAACAGGGCCAUUCAGUAAUGACUGGUGGAAAAAUUACAAUCGGAGUGAGAAAUGCAACUCUCUUCAUUGCCUCGGUGAGAAGGUAUGACGAAGGUUUGUACACGUGCAAGGCCUUUAACUCCAUGGGCCAGGACGAGAGAGUAGCUACACUUCGUGUUGCAGAGAGUCCAGUCAUCAUGUUGUUCCAGAGGUCAGUGAGCGGUGUGGUGGGCAGCAGUGUAGCCCUGCCCUGUGGGGCUGUAGGAGAACUGCCCAUCACCUACGCCUGGACCAGGGGACAGCUCAGCAGCCUGCCCACCGCACUGCACGGACACAUAGACGAUAAUGGCACUCUCCACUUGUUUGAUGUCCACUGGGAUGCAGCAGGAGAGUAUCGCUGUACGGCUGAGAACCAGGCGGGACGAGACCAGCAGAGCACCAUGCUUUACAUUUACGACGAUGAGGAUCCUCCAACUGAAGAAAGUAUCACUGUUCCUCCCUUCACAAACACAAGUCCGCAAGAUUCAACCAGUUCAAACCAAUCCUCUCUUUCAAUGACAGAAAGCAAUAGUCGGAGCUACACAACUGACUCAGGUGCUCCACUGAAAGACUCAUCAACCCAUUAUGAAACCGUGACAUCAGUGACCUCAUUGACUGCAAUGACAUCAGUGACAGCAACUUCCUUCACAUCAUCACCUACUCCACCCAGUCUGGGAUAUGCAAAGCUCAAGCAGUACACAACUCACUCACCAGACCACAAAUCAGACUCGUCCAAUAUUAUAUUUACACCAAGUGUGCCUUCUCAGACUGUACAACCCAGUACAGCACAUACACACACUCAGUCUCCAAAGCCCCUCGACGAUGGCUCUGCAUCUGUACAGCAUCCCCGUAUACAAUUAUCAACAACCAGCACCACUCAAAUUCCCAAAGAUCAAGCAUCAAGUCAUCAAGCCUCAAGCAAAUCUUCUAAUACGAAGCCUUCUUUCCUGCGCACCCAUGUACCAAGUUCACGUAUGCUUUCUGCUAUUCCCCCCACCCAGACAUUCUUUCACAAGACAAGCGCUUCUACAGAAUUUCCUCCAGCUCCACCUUCCAUCCCCCUCCUAGAAAAGCACGACAUCCCCAUUGUGGUUGGAGUUGGCGUCUCUCUCGCAUUUAUCUUCAUCACCAUGGCAUUCUACUCACUGGUGCAGAAGAAUGACUCCCCAGCUCCUGUGAUUCGAGGAGCCCAGAGAAACUUUGGCAUCCCUCCCAGACAUGGAGAACAUUUGACAAGAAGGACCUAUGAUAACAGAGCGUUUGAAGAUGACAACCUGGUGGCCGUGAUAGAGCAAACCCCAAACAUGUCCGACACCAGAGCCCAGCCCCCGUCCGACAACACAUCCACCCUGAUGAUGAAGCCAAUGUGCAGCAUCCUGGAUGAGGUGUCUGCCCACAAGGACCUGCCAGUCAUUGUAGAAACCCAUCCGGCGCAACAGUCAAUCUCAGAGGAAGACACCAACCACGAAAAUAAGAUCAGCAUUUAAAAAAGGUCCAAUGAGAUUUGACUUCCCAUUAUUCAAACUAUAAAGGCAGAAAGGGGACCCUUACUGUUGUGAGUUCAUGUCAUGAUAAACAAAUGUUGAGAAAUUUGGAACCGUUCAAGAUGGCGCAUGAAUAUGUAAAUACGAAAUUUGUAAAAUUUUGAAAGACAAUAGAAAUAUUUGAAAUCUAUGGUGGUUGUAAAUAGUCAUGAAAAAGAAAGGGCAAGUUGCAAAUGGGAAAGACAUUUUUUCAUGACGAACAUGAACGAAAAGAUUACUAUGGUUAUUCUGUGUUGUUUUGUGUCAGUCCAUAACCAUGUUAAUGUGUACAUAACAAUAGUAGCCUUAACUUUUUGUGAGAAUGAAAAAGCUGUAUUAUUAUUGUAACUGUACAUUUUGAUAUUUGACUGUUCGAGAACUUUGGCCUAAGCCUUCUCAAAAUAUUUCUCUUUUGUAAUACAAGUCUUACUGAUAAGAAAAAGUUAUUCAGGGAGGUGUCCCAAGAGCCUGCAACUCCUCAGUAAUAAGCCAGGUAUAGGCUAGUUAACUUUGAGCUAGUGCUAAAGCUCAAUAGAAGAUCUCAGUUCUCAUUUUCUUGACUAAAUGACACCUGUGGGCUAUCUAUUAGCAGGUUUACCACUUCCUGUGGGUCAGUUUAGCCUGUUUUUAUCACUAAACCAUAGUCUUGGAAUACCUACCAGGUAGACUGUUAAAACUCACCCUACACAUCAAUACUAUAGCCUAUAUGAUCAUAAAACCCAAAAUGACUGUCAUCACCGUGUUUGAUUUACGCAAAUCAAAAGGAAUAUUGUGUGUUUUAACAUGCUGUCAGGGCAAAGUGUGUCUCCCAGUUUUCCAUCCAAGACAGCUAUGCCUGUGUACACCUUUAAUAUAGGGCUAUGUAAAGUAAUUAGGUUUGUCUGUUGAGAAACGCACCCCUGGUCUGGUGUUAUCAGUGUCAUUGCUAACUAAGUUAGCAACUUACUUGGUCCCAAUGCAAUUUCCCAUUGGAAACCUAGUAAGUUACCAAUCAGUUAGCAACGGCGCUUUCGAGAAAUGGGGUCCAGGUUCAUUUAAUGAGUUGGAAAAGAAAAUACAAUACAACUAAUAACCAAUUAUUUAAGAUGCAUGAACUGGAAAUGUCAGGUAUUAAUUCCAAACAUUAAUUCCAAAUGUAGUUGGGAUCCAAAUGCCAUGUAAAAUACUCCUUUGCAAUACCAACAGUUUGGAAAUGUAGUGGAGGUAGGAGAAUAAAACAAAUCUUUUGGACUGUUUAACAUAAGAUGUUUACAUGAUACAUACGUUUACAUUGUAUGUAAUGUGAUGCUGACUUACACAAUUUCAAAGCGAUCAUGCUCAUCCAUUUUUGCUGUUGCACUAAAGUGCAUCAUACUGUACUCCAGACUGUUAUUUCUGCAAAGAUACAAAUACACAAGCCAAAAAUGUCACUGUUCCUUUUUUCAAUAAAAUAUCUUAAUAGAUCAGCUUUCUCUGUUGAGUUACUUGUAGACUUUGAAUUGCUUUCUUUUAUUUGUUUAUUUGUGCUAUUUUUCACCAUGCACAUUUGAUAUUUAUGCUCUUGAUUUGCAUCAUUUGUCUAUGGCAUCACCUGAUAUUUUUUGACAGCUGAAUAUCAGAUAAUAUUCCAGUGAGAACCUGAAUCGGUCAUUAAAAUAUUUAUUUCUAAAAAUGCAUCCAUCACUGCUGCAAUGUGUAUGAGAAGCAAUAUUCUCUUUACUUUACAAAUUGGUUCCUCUUUACUGCAAUAACAUUCACAAGUUCACAACCCACUAAAAACAAGUCUGCAAGAU